AUGUCGGCCAAGUCCUGUCCAGAUGCGAUACAACUCAGUGUUUCUGGGCAUCAGAAGACGAAGCUUAUUUUCACAGAGGAAGAUAUUUAUGGCCUUUACUCCAAUUUGUUGUUCAAGUAUUUUCUCGCAGAGGGAGUUGUCUGUGGACAUCACUUGUUUGUUGCUUCUGCUAAAGAGCAUCCUGACAACAUCUUAAAGGAACUCCCAGCCCCUUUGCUUGAUGAUGCCUGCAGAAACGAAUUGCGAGAAGAAGCAACAGCUGCUAAGUCUGAAGAUCUUCAGGAUUCUAUGAAAAUAGCCUGGCGCUACCAAAAUUUACCAAAAAUGGAGGCCAGCCCGAGAACAUCAACAAAGUUUGGCCAUUAUUAUGAUGUCUCUAAAACAAUGUCUCCAGAACAGUUUCAGCCCAUAAAAUGGCACAGUUUUUACCUUCCUGAAGAACUGUCUUUACAGAGUAAAGUGAAAACAUGUAAUAUGAACAGUGCUUACACACGGCUGCUGCAGUCCAUUCAGAAGAUCAUUUACCAGGAAGGGUUUGAUGGCUCUGAUCCCCAGAAAAAACAGAAUAAUAUUUUGCGGAUAGGAAUUCAGAGCCUGGGUUCCAUAUUGUGGGGUGAUGACAUUUGUAGCAGUGAUACUCCUGAAGAUAUUCAUAGCCUUACAAAAUUUCUGUAUGUUCUCCGUGGCCUCCUCAGAAAAUCUCUGUCAGCCUGCAUCAUCACAAUGCCCUCUCACCUUAUCCAGAAUAAAGCAAUUAUGGAACGUGUAACAAACUUGUCAGAUAUAGUAGUUGGUCUUGAAUCAUUUAUUGGCUCUGAGAGAGAAACCAAUCCAUUAUACAAGGAUUACCACGGUUUGGUUCAUGUACGUCAGAUUCCUCGGCUUAAUAGCUUGAUCUGUGAUGUAUCAGACACGAAGGACCUUGCUUUUAGAUUAAAAAGGAAGCUGUUCACCAUUGAGCAACUGCAUUUGCCUCCAGACCUGUCAGACACAGUGAGCUGCACAAGCAAACAGGAUCUGGCAGAAUCCGCCAAACUGCUGAGCUCAGGAUGUGGUGCUAUGGCCAUCGGCAAGAAGCACCUGGACUUCUAG